GCCUGGACCCACGUGAGUCGCUCAGCCGCCCAAACCGCCUCCCAAGUCAGGUGGUCUUGCCUUGACCCGCCCUCCUCGCCAAGAUGGUGGCGCCCAGCUGUCCCGCGCGGCCCCUCUGGGUUUGGAGCUCCGGGCAGCGUGUGGGGAGUCUCCUUUCUCUCCUCUCUAAACCAUUUUGUACCGCAGCUGCUGCCUCUAGGCCUCUGGAUGCCCAGCAGUUAGCGGAGAGGCUCCGAGCCCAGAAACAGGAACAAAAGAACAAGGGGCCGGUGCCCACAAACUCCGUCCAGCGGAGAGUGCAAGAACUAGUGCGGUUCACACAGCAGCUGCAGCGAGUCCACCCCAACGUGCUCGCUAAGGCACUGAGGCGAGGGAUUGUGCAUCAGGACCAGGACCUUGUGGUCAUCAAUAAACCCUAUGGCCUCCCCGUGCAUGGUGGCCCUGGGGUCCAGCUCUGCAUCAGUGAUGUACUACCUGUCCUGGCAAAGAUGCUUCACGGCCACAAGGCAGAGCCCCUGCAUCUGUGCCACCGGCUGGACAAGGAAACCACAGGCGUGAUGGUGUUGGCUUGGGAGAAGGAAGUGGCGCACCAAGUCCAAGAGCUGUUCAGAACCCGUCAGGUGACAAAGAAGUACUGGGCCGUCACCGUGCGCGUCCCGGUCCCCGAGGCAGGAGUCGUGGAUAUCCCCAUCAUCGAGAAGGAGGUGCCAGGGCAGCAGCAGCACCAUAAGAUGACGCUGUCCCCAAGCUACCGCAUGGACAACGGGAAGAUGGUGAGAGUGCGGACUAGCCGGAACGCACACGUGGCUGUGACUCAGUACCAGGUGCUGAGCAGCACGGCCUCCUCCGCCCUCUUGGAGCUCCAGCCUGUUACUGGGAUAAAACAUCAGCUUCGAGUUCACCUGUCCUUUGGGCUGGACUGCCCCAUCCUUGGCGACCACAAGUACUCCGACUGGAACAGGUUGGCCCCCCAGAAGCUGCCUGCCGGCACUCUGAAGAAGCUGGGCCUGCCGCAGGCCAAGGCCCGCCACGUCCCUCUGCACCUGCACGCCCGCCAGCUGGUCCUGCCUGCCCUGGGGCCCCGGAAAGAGGAGCUCAGCUUGGUCUGCAGGCUUCCUCGCUACUUCGUUCGCUCCCUGGGCCGUCUAGGCCUGGAGGUGCCAAGUCGGGAUCAGGUCCCGGACGACAGGGCUGGGCGUCCGGGACCACAGUGAAGGCUGUGGGGCAGCGAGGAGUCUUCGUUCUGUCAGUGGACCCCCCCCUCGGGGCAGACUCCGGAGAGCCAGGUGAGGAGCUGAAGUCUGGCAGCCCCGAGGCUCUUCCUGGAAACUGAAGUCUGUUAUUUGCUGAUACUCGAGCCACACUCUGGAAAAACCUGUGGGACGUCUCCCAGCCUCGGGGUCAUCUUGCCAAGCUGGGAGAGAGCCCAGGUCCGGGCAGCGUGGGUCAGAAACUGGAAAAAGAGAACCGCAGCAGAGACUCUAGGACGGGCCAUUUUCCUGCAGCAAUAAGUUCUUGGUCUGUCGGGAGGGGUCCUGUGGUGGGAAACAGCGUGGUGGUGAUCUGACUCUCGGGGAGACUCGGAAGCCGUCAGUCCUUCUCCUCACGGAGCUGCAGCGUCUGAGCAAACCCUUUCUCCUCUACGCUCCUCUCAGGUCUUCUAGACACGCAGGUCAGAAUUGGGGGACACCCUCCGCACCAGCAUGGGAGCCCUGCCGCGAUGCUGGUCACAGGGCCUGUGAAGGGUGCUCGGUAGCGAGGGAGCCGGGCAGGCGUCACAGAGCAGUGUCGCAGGCUGGGUGUGAGGUUUGAGAGGAGCACACACGGCCGUCCAAAGUGGGCACUUGCCAGCUCCAUCUGGGCGUUGCUGUGUGCGAGCAGCUACUCUGAUUGUUCUUCAGUCAGGAAGUCAGGGUAUUUAAGUGAAAUUUCCUAGUGUGUUUUUAACUAAAUCAGUUUUCAAAAAAAUCACUUAGGUAUCCAAGCAAAUCAUGCUGGAUUUGGUCUGCAGGCUGCCUGUCUGCAGUCUGUGUUUAAAGAGUAGAGCAGAAGUCUGGGGAAAGGUGCCGUCCAGAAGGUUCUGGAUCAGGCCCUGGCGGGGUAGGUCAGUUGGUGAGAGCAUCGUCCCGACACAAUGUGGUUGGAGAUUGAAUCCCCGGUCAGGGCACGGUUGGGAAUCAACCAGUGGGUGCAUAAAUAAGUGGAACAACAAACCAGUGACUUUCUCCCCUCCCCCCUCCCUCUUCCAAUCAGUAAAAAAGUAAAGUUCUGAAUGA